AUGCGAGCCACAUUCUAUUUCAAAACUUACUGCAGCCAAUCUUCAUGGCAGAUUAAGCGAGUAUUACAUUGCAACAUAUGGGAAGAAGAGCAGAUCCCUUUCUCCAAACAUCCCAACACGGAAGACAUUAUGAAAGCCAUGCUGAAAGUUCGUAACAUUCACGGCAGAGCAUCCGCAUGGCUUGCUCUACGAUCUACGGACUUGAUUUUGCGGCCAACACAAGGAGGGGGAGGCCUGGAGUGGGUACUACCUGCAGACAGCAACCUAUCAGAGAAGGUAUCUGAUAUCCUUAGUGGACUUGCAACUGGAAGAAGUCAAGGUACUGAAGGCGUAUGUCGCGUCCGCCUUGACAAUGGGCUCUUCUGGACUGCUACCGUCUUGAGCAAUCAAGAUCAAUGUUUACCCCCAUCAUGGGGGGAAGACAAUAGGACUGGAGACUAUCUGCUUGCUAUUCGUUCCUCUUCAUGGUCUGAUACGGUUCCCAAGUUUUGCUUGUUUGUACCUGCCGAGACCGACUACGAGUCUGGGAGCGAGCUGUUACACUUUCUCGACCUAGCUGUAUCAGAGAACAGUUUCUAUAGUGAUGACAACUGUCAGUUGAGUAAUCAUGACAGCAUGGCACUCCGUCACGGAUUCUGUACAUGGCGCACAGCGCUUACGCUCGAGAGGAAGAACACUGCGUGA